AACCAAUUUCGGUAUCUAGAGCAACCCAACCCAACCCAAGAAAAAAUGGCAUUCAAAUUCACCAUCCUUUUCGCCGCCUGCAUCGCCGUGGCCAGCGCUGGCAUCAUUCCCGCCGCCGCUCCUCUGGCCGCCGUGGCCCAGGUGGAGGAGUACGACCCCCAUCCCCAGUACACCUACGGCUAUGACGUCAAGGACGCGAUCUCCGGGGACUCGAAGACCCAGGUGGAGACCCGCGAGGGCGACGUUGUCCAGGGCCAGUACUCGCUGAACGACGCCGACGGCUACCGCCGCAUUGUGGACUACACCGCCGACCCCAUCAACGGAUUCAACGCCGUCGUCCGCCGUGAGCCUCUGGUGGCCGCCGUCGCCGCCGCUCCCGCUGCCGUCGUGGCUGCCCCGGCUCCAGUUGUCCGUGCCGCCGUCGCCGCCCCAGUGGUCCGUGCCGCCCCCCUGACCGCCGCCUACGCCGCUGCCCCCGCACACCUGGCCUACGCCGCCGCCCCCGCUCCCCUCGCCUACGCCGCCCCCGCGCCCAUCGUCAAGGCCGCUCCCCUGGUCGCCGCUGGACCCGCCAUCGUCAAGACCCAGUUCGCUUCGCCUCUUAUCUCAUACGCCUAUUAAAGAGCUAAAUAGGCCACCACGACCCGAUAAUUGCCGUUAGUUGUUAUUGAAUAAA